AUGCAAACAUUUCGAAAAUUCGCAAGAGGCUAUAUGCAAACAAUGCUCUAUGGUAUAGAAGAGAGACCAAAGUUUAAAGUAAAGAAGAAAAUUUAUGAAAUUAGAUGGAUGGUACAUUUUAUUUUAUUUUGCAUUUAAUCAAUCAUUUUCAAUAUUUAUCGAUUAUUGUGAAUGCAAAUUAGAAUACACAUUAUAGCGACUUUAAAUUAACUUAUUCACAAAGUUUUUUAGAGUUUUUUAUUUUGAAUAACACUUUAAAAUCAUCUAUGACAUCAAAUUUGGCAUUAGCUAUUAUCGUAAUCUCUUUUGUCUCACAAUUGAUACUUAUCUUAUUUUUGAUCUUUUCUACCUUCAUAAGAAUAUGGACAGCUAAUCUUAUUAGAAGAGAUAUAACUGGAAAUGAUAAUAUGAAUUCCUAAGUAUAGAAAUGGGUCAUGAGUUUUAAUGAAACUCUUCAUUGGUAUUUUGUUUUCUAUCCUGUAAUUUAUCUCUAAAUCGCAGUUAUUUCUUUUAGUUCCCUUACUUGUAAUUCUGUCAGUAUAUUUCCAAAAUAAGAAUGCGAAAUAGGAAUAGGAACUCAAAUAUUAGCGAUUAUUCCAUUAAUUAUUUCUUACAUAAAUGGAUAAAUUUUGAUUUAUAUUAUGAGGAAUCAUAGAUUCCAUGAACCUAAUUCUUUGAAAAGAAGAUAUUCUUCCUUAUUAUUAAUAAAUAACACAGUUAUUCUGAUAGAGAUAUUUUCACAUUAUAUUUUUGAAGUAAAAUUAAACCAUAUAAAUAAUAGUUUCAAGUUGCCGAUAUCCUCAAAUAUUCAAUGGCUAAUUUUUUUGCCAUCAACUAAAUUAUUGAUUAAUUAACUAAUUUUCCUUACAGAGAUCCAAUCCGUGUUCCUUCUAUUAGAUUAGCAUUUGUUUACGCUUGGAUAGUUUUAGCAGUUACUGCAUAUAAAUUUAACUUUUUUGAUUAAGAAAAUCUAUUCUUCUUUAUAAUCUUACCUUUGCCAGGAUUAGCAAUUGUAGGAGAAACCUUAUCCUCAUUAUUUCAAAGUCAUGCCAUAUUAAAUUAUAACUCUAGUAUACAAAUAGAAGAGAAACACAUCAUUAUUGCUGUAGAUUAAUGUUACAAAUAUCAUACUGACUUUUUAAAAGUAUUAAAAAUUACAAUUGAAUUUAGGAUCCUUAAGCUCAAUUGUAAUAUUUUUAAUUUCUCAUGAUUCAUCGUUUGUAUUGUAAAAAUAAUAAAUGCUAUUCCAAACUCAAACGCUUUGAGACAUUGAACGUUGAUCAGAAAAAAGAUCUUAACAUACUGACUUUGAGCAUCAUCAAAUGUAUAUUUAAGGCAGCCCAAAACUGGCUGUUUUCUAUGUACUCUUUAUAUUAAUAAAAUAGUCAUAAUUUAAAUGCAGAUUUAUAAUUUGAACAGUUGUAAUUAUAGUAUAUUAGUUUUGUAUCGGAAAUAGCUCAAAAACCAUUAAUAGGAUAUCUAGAAUUGAGACAAUACUAAAAUAAUAAAUUAAAUAGUAAUUCGACUUAUUUUGUCGAGAUUACUAAUAAGUUAGCAGAUUAAUUAAAAAAGCAAAUAACAGAUAAUUAAAUUAGAUAAAAUUCCAAAGCUGUUUUGAUUCAUGAAUAACGAACUUAGCUUAUUGAAAUUUCACUGACUUAAUAAUGGUAAACAUAAAAUUUGUAUGAAAAUUUAUUAUAAACAUAUAUAAAUUUGGUAGAUUAAAAAAUAGAGCAUUGGUAAAAUUUAAUAAAUGGAUAUCCUAGUUUAAAUCCAUUUUAAUCAAAAACAUAAAAGUUAUGUGAAAAAAUCAUGAAUGUAAUGUAUGAAGACAUAUGAUUAGCUUAGAAUUGCAUUAGAUAAGUAUAUAGGAGUACCUUAAGAAUGGUUUGAUAUGAAAACAACUACAACUAAAGGUAUUGCUGUAAAAAAAUUAAGUCAUGCUUAACUUAACAUAAAUGUGAUAACAUUAAAAUUAUAUUCAUUGUUUUAUUCAUUAGUGAUGAAUGAUUUUGACAGAGUAAUAAUAAGAAUGUAAUUUAGUCUGUAUAUGUCGAAUAAUAUGUUAAAGAUUUAACAUCAAAUGAUAGACAAAAAGAGAUUGACAUAAUUGAUAAUAUUUCUCUAUAUAAUGAUUCAACAACAAUUAUUUUGGUUAGCAUAGUCAAAAAUAAAGGCAAAAUUGUUAAUAAGAAUUAAUUGGCAUUAGCUAAUUUUUUUCAUUAUAUUGAUGCAAAUGAUUUUAAAGAAUCAGUAGCUUAAGUUCAUAAUUUAUUACCAAAAACUAUGAUGAAAGGUCAUGAAUAUUUAAUUGAUGCAUUUAUUUAAAAAGGUCAUAGUGAAUAUUUUAUUCGUAAGAUUUCUGGAUAUUAUGAAAACAAAAAAGGAUUUAUUGAGAAAUGCUAUGUAAAACUAGGGAAUUUAUUUGAAGAAUUAGAUGAUUAUGUAAUAACAGCAUCUAUAUUAAAAUGCAAUAUAUCUAAUUAGUUGAUCAUGGUUGAUGCUGAAGGAAAAAUAAUUGGAAUUAGUGAAGGAUUAUUCAAAACUAUUAGCACUAAAGUUCCAAACAUAACUAUUGAGUUUUUUAAAGAAUUUUGUCACUUCUUUCUUAUUUUCCCAUCAUUUUUAACUAUUUUAAAUUAAAAUCUAAAUUAAAUUAGUGAAUUAGAUCAUUAAUUUAUUGAUGAUGAAGAACAUUUAUUUUAUAUUCCUUCUAAUUUAGUUGAACUUAAUUCUUUAUUUGUAAGAGAAUAAUAUGAGAAAAUGGGUAAUACACUUGUAGAUGGUUUGGAGAGUUAAAAUUUAAGUUCUUGGAGAUCAUGGAAAUCAGUAUAAAAAUCUGUUAAAAGUGAUCAUUCAUUUGGUUUAGAUAGAGGAAGUACAACAAUUUUGGGGGAAAAAGUGCCAAUAGCUGAUAAAUCUAACAUUAAUUUUCAUUUUUAGUUUAUGAAUUAAAAUAAAGAUUAAUUAGAGAAGGUAUUCAUUAUAAUAUAAAUAUAAAGUAUACGAUAAUUAGAACAAAAAUUAAAAUGUCCUAUUAAAUGAUGAAAGUUAAAAAAUACUCAUAUCCUUACUUUGUAAUUGAAUUAGAACAUAUGAAUGAAAUUAAUUCUUAGCAUAAAUUUUUUAGUAGAUAUCCAACAAUGGGAUAAAACUUUGAAGCUUCUACAACAAUGUUUAAUUCUGCUUAAAAUCAUAAAUCAUUAAAUGAAACAGUACCUUCAAGUGCAGAUAGAUCAAUUAAUGAUACUAAACCAGUUAGUUUUUAGCCUGAUAAAGUUAACUUAGAAUUAGAAAAUAAUAGAAAACUAAAUAAAAAUACUAAAAUUACAGAUGAAAAAAUUAAAUAAUUAAUUUAAUAAGAUGAUAGUAAUUUAUUAUUUGGAAAUGACCAUUCUUAAAUUAGGUUAUUUGAUAAACCAAGUGCUAUAGAAAUAUAAGAUGUUUCAGCUCCUCCAUCAGAAAUUAUGAUACCAAAAAAUGCAUAUAGACCAGAUUUUAGUGGAAUUCCUAUCUAAAAAGAUUAAGAUGAUGAUUCAGAUGAAUUUUUUUAACUUCAUAAACAUUUUGAUGUAUGAAUUAAAUUAUAUACAUAGGAAAAACCUUAAAAAGUAGAAGAAAAAUAAUUAUAGUAAGAAAAAUCUAGUGAUGAAUUUAAAGAUAAAGAUGAAUCAUAAUAAGAAAUAGAAGAUAAUUUUGAAAAACAUUCUUCAAACUAAAAUAUUAAUAAGAAAAACUUUAUUCAAUUAUUAGUUGAAAAUAAAUAAAUGCAAUAAGAGUAAGUAUUAUAAAAUUUAUAAUUUAUAGAAACUAAAAUGAAAAUGAUGAUGAAGAUAAGAAAAAAAGAUCAAUUGCAAGUUCAUCAAGAACUAGUACCUCUAAAUCUCCUUCAUUACUUGUUCGUUCCUUAUAUUAAGUAAGUACUUUUGGAGGAGGACUUAAAUCUGUCAUUUUUGCUAUUCUAUUGUAUCUUGUGUUGUAGUUCUGUCUUGUUUUUGUUAAACUAAGCAUCAUACAAAGUUUUUUUUUAUUAAUAAUUUAGAUAAUUAUGACAUUCUCUAAACAAAUAUCAAUUAUGUUACAUAUCCAGAAACUUUGAAUUUUUAUUUUUAAAAAAUUGCAUUCUUUGCUUGGAUUAGCAUUUAAGAAAAGCUUGACAUAAUUCAGUAUAGUGAAUUCAUUAAAAAGUAAUAAAUAGAAGAAUUGCAAGCUACAAGAUAAAUUAUUGAUGUAAAAUUAAAUGAAUUGUACAAAGGAAUAAUAUAAUUUGAAGAAUAAAUAAUGAAUGAUGAACUUAAAUUAAUUAGCAUUAAUGAUUUAUCUUUUUCUGAAUAAUAACUUGAUCUAACUUAAUUAAUCUAAUAAAUUUAGCUGCACUCUUUUAACUAUAUAGAUAAUAUUUAAUAAGGUGAUAUUUUUUCAGAUUGUCUAUUUUUUAGAUUGAAUGUACCUUAUGUGUACAAUUUUGCUUAUAAAUAUAUUACCUUAUUAAAUGAAAACCUGGUUUAUUAUGAGGAUAGAAUUAUCAAUGAUAUAAUUAUUUUAACUAUGACUUUUAUUGCUGUCAAUACGAGUAUUAUAUUGUAUAUUCUAUAUAAUACAUAUUCAUUAACACAAUAUGAGAGACAGAUUUUAAUGUUAAUUACAAGGGUAUCUCAUAAAAGAGCUGAAGAUAUUAUGUAAAAAUUAACUGAUGUGAGAACAAUUUUAAUUGAGCCUUCAUAACUUUUGUGGAAAAGAGUUAAUUAUUUCGAUAUAAAUUAUGAUUAAGUUCAAUUAAAUCAAUAAGUAACAAGUUUUUUAUUAGCAAAAUCUGUCAAAACAUAAUCAGUAACUAAAUCAAAUGAAUUAUCUGGUUAAAAAUCUAAAAUUAAAACUAAAAGAUCAUACUAAAGUAAUUCAUUAGCUUAGAGAAUCUAUGAUCUCUCUCUUAGUUAUCCUUCUAACCUUAUUUUUCUUUUUUUCCUUUGGUUUUUAGCAAUUAUAUUUAUUGUUGGAGGAAUUCUCGUAACUAUAAGUCAAGUUUCAGAUAUUAAACCCACACUCAAUCUAAAUUUAUAAUUGAUUCGAUUUAAACUUAGAUAUGAUACUCUAAUUGUCUUAGGAGAAAGCCUAAAAACACAGCAAAUAAUUAGUGAUGAAUUAAAGAAAAAAUUCGGAAAUGUCAAUAUUGAUAUGAAAAACUAAUUAAUUUUAGACCUUUUUAGUGAAUAAACUGAAGGAUUUUAAGAUUCUAUGAGAAAUAUUUAUGAUUCUCUGGCUAGUUAAUCUGGACUUUUAGAAGCAUAAAAAAAAGAAUUAUUAAUGUAUUUUGAAGAUAGUCUUUGUAAUUAUAUGUCUGAAGAAAUUCCCUUUUGUACUAUUAGAGUUUCAAACCAAAACUUUUCUGUUCCUUAAUCAUUCAUUACAACUUUUGGUAAACCAUGGUUAGAAGAUAAUAAUUUCGAUUAUUUAUCUGGAGGUAUAACUGGUUGUGUUUAAGAAUUUACAAAAACUUUAAAUUUGUAUUUCUCUAAAGAAAUUUAAUUAAAACAAAUGCAAGUGACAACACUAUCAGAAACAGUCUCUUAUCUAAAAACAUAAAUUCAUUUAAAUCAGUUUGUUGAAUAUUAUCUUGAUUCUGGUAAGUUGUUGUCAAUUAUUGGAGAUAAUUUGUUUGAAUAAAAUCAAUCAAAAUUGUCAUAAGCUACAACAAUUAUGCAAUUAUACAUUUAUAUAACCGGCCUUGGUUUACUAAUAGUAUUAGGUUCAAUUUCAUAUUUUUGGUUAAAAUAUGUUAGUAUAAGAAUGAAACUUAUGAGAUUAAGUUUGACUCUGAUUCCAUAUGAAAUUUUAUUGGAGCCAAAGACAAUGAGUUCUUUAAAAUAAUUAUGA